AUGGCUGUAUAUUUUGACCAUCGAUUAGGAGGUGAUAGUUCGUAUAUUAAAACAGAAAUAAAAUGGUGUCCCAGCUCUUUACAUCUAGCUGUCAUCUGCUACAGUGAAGAAAAUGGCGGCACAGUUGAAAUUUAUACUGAAGAGGGAGAAAGGAUUCAGCAUAAUGCGGUCCACAAGCAAUGUCAUGUAUCUACUAUAGCAUGGCAUCCUAAUAGAAGAAUACUUGCUGUUGGGUGGGAGACAGGGGAGAUAACUAUAUGGAAUGAGCAAGAUAAUGAGGUCACUGAAGCCCUACAAAUACAUAAACAUGAAGUUUCUGUUCUACACUGGAGUUCUACUGGUAGCAGACUGUCAACUGGCGACAAGAAUGGUGUAUUGGUUGUAUGGAAAUCUGAUAGUAAAGGAAGACUACAACAACAUCCAUUUUGUCAACAUCAUAUACAAGAACCAUUAACUAGUAUACUAUAUAGACCUUCAAAAACAGGAGAAGCUUUACCAGAUAUUGCAUCAUUAGCCAGAGCAGCAGUAAGUGGUGAUGAGGCUGCUUUAGAUAUGUUUAAUUGGAAGAGAGGCAAGAGCUCAACACCAAUGUUUUUUCCAUCAGAAUCUCUUGCUUUUUUCGUUGGAGAUCUUGUUUUUAUAGGUGGUGUUUACUAUGUGAAUGAUACAGGACAGUGUACACAAUCAUUCUCAGCAGAUAACAGUGUUAAACAGUUGUUAUAUUAUGAUGAACGCAAUAUCUUAGUGACAGUUACAGAACAGUUACAAAUGACACAACAUACAGUGUUACCUGAUGGUGGUACACAGGAAGUGUUAAAGGUUAAAUUAAGUGGUAAAUCAGGCAAUGUAUCUAUAUUAUGGGCUGGGAAAGGUUUAUUAGCUACUGCGUCUGGUGAAAUGGUGGUUAGAAUGUGGGAUUUAGCUAGUGAAGAUAAUUUUGUAUUGAAUCUAGAUUCUCAUAAUGCCUAUGAUGAUAAUGAAACUAUCAUCUGUAUCAGCUAUUGUGCCGAAAAUGGAACUUUGGCUGGUGGUACAAAUAAUGGUAACAUUGCAUUGUGGAAGUACUCUCCUAACUUGGGUAAAGUUGGUGAUGAGGAAAGUAUGUGGAGAUUACAGUCACCACCUGUUGUUGAUGGUCCAGUCAGACAAGUUGAGUGGGCACCAAAGAAAGGUUUUAUGGCAGUUAAUACAGUAUCUAAUGUGUUUAUGUUAAGUGAACAGGUUAUGAGUGCUAGUUUUAGAGAUGAGACUGCUGUGGUACAAUAUGGACCAAGUUCUAUAGCUAUAGAGAUAUUUUCAACUGGUAAUAAUCAUGAUAUUAAAGUUGAUAUGCAGAUAAAAGGAGCAUAUACCACCAAGGAUGCCAUGGCAAUAUGGAAUGGUAAAAGAGUCAUACUGUAUGAAUAUGCUGCAGAUAGAUCUGUUAUAAGAUCAACAGGUACAUUUCAGACUGAAGCUAUGAUGAUAUGUCUGUAUGAACAGAAUGUCUAUACUAUAGAACAAAAUAAAGUUCAAGUUCGAACUUUCCAGGGAACAGUAAAACAGAUAUUGAGUUUUAUUGAUAUGGAAGGUGUACCUAUAUAUUUAGAUAUAUGUGGUAAUUAUUUAACAGUAGCUACUGAUACUGGUCUAGUAAGAGUCUAUGAUCUGUCUCGAAGAGAAGCUAAAGCUCACACUAAUCCUAAAAUUCUAUCAGAUAUCAUACCAGGCUUUGGUACUAUUCUAUCAGCUAAAUGUAACUGUACUGGUAAUAGAGUUAGUGUACUUAUACAAAAUACGGAUAAGUAUACAGAUCCUAAGUUAUAUUUCUGGGAUGUAGAGAAUGAUACAGUACAGUAUUUUAAUUUUGAGACUGGACGUGGUGAACAAGAUGACUACACUGCUACUAGUGAUGGAGAACCUGAAGAUUCAGACACUAAUGAUGCUGAAAAAGGUAAAAAUCAGGCAGCUAAAGAUAUAGCAGGGCGUAUACCUAUCUCUCAUUAUUGGGAUAUGAUGGAAUCUAAGUUAUUAGUGUGUGAAGCUCAAUAUGUACCACCUGCUACACCUAAAGAUAAAAAUGAUAACCUGUUGAAACGAUCUCAUUCAAUAAACAAACAUGUUGAGAAGAUGAUAGUGUCUCUCUUCUGUACACCAGAAAAUGGUGUAUUGAUACAGGAUAGUUUUCCUAUGAGUGUUCAACAUAAUAAACUAUUAGGUAUUGAAGUACCAAAUUUAUACUUUGCUAAAAAUGUAACACAACAACAAUCAGAUCAUGUUGUAGAUGAAGAUGCUAUGGCUAUCUAUCCUAAAUUAGUAGCUCGUAGAGUGAUGAGAGAUUUUGUUGGUCUAGAGUCUAGUGAUAAGUCUACUAGAGAUGCUAUGAUGAACUUUAGUUACUAUCUAACUAUUGGUAAUAUGGAUGAAGCCUUUAAAGCUAUUAAACUUAUUAAAAGUGAAUCAGUAUGGGAGAACAUGGCUAAGAUGUGUGUUAAGAGUAGAAGAUUAGAUGUUGCUACAGUAUGUUUAGGGAAUAUGGGUAAUGCUAGAGGUGCUAAAGCUUUACGAGAAUCAGCUAAAGAACCAGAGUUAGAUGCUAGAGUAGCUGUGUUAGCCACACAACUUGGUCUUUAUGAAGAUGCAGAACGUCUGUUAAAGAACUGUAAAAGAUAUGAUUUAUUAAAUGAAUUCUAUCAAAAUAGUGGACAAUGGGAGAAGGCUGUUGAGACAGCUGAGAUGUAUGACAGAGUUCAUCUAAGAACUACAAACUUUAGUUAUGCUAGACAUCUGGAAGAUCUUGGUGAAACAGCUCUUGCUAUACAAAGAUUUGAGAAGUCUGAAACACAUAGAUUUGAAGUACCAAGAAUGUUAGGUGAUGAACCUGAAGUAUUAGAACAGUAUAUUAUUAAUAGUAAAGACAAAAAACUACGUAAAUGGUGGGCUCAAUAUUUAGAAAGUACAGGUGAUAUGAAGAAUGCUUUACAGUUUUAUGAAUCAGCACAAGAUUUUUUUUCUGUUGUUCGAGUGUUUUGUUAUUGUGAAGAAAUGGACAGGGCAGCAGAGGUUUGUAAUGAGACUGGUAAUGAGGCAGCCUGUUAUUAUAUAGCUGGACAAUAUGAAAAUCAAGGACAAAUUAAGGAAGCUAUACAUUUUUUCCAGAGAGCUAAGGCUUAUGGUAGUGCUAUCAGAUUAUGUAAGGAACAUGAUAUUGAAGAUCAGAUGAUGAAUCUAGCUCUAAUGGCUAGACCAGAAGAAAUGAUGGAAGCUGCUAGAUAUUUUGAACAGAAACCAAAUAGUCAAGAUAAAGCAGUCAUGUUAUACCAUAAGGCUGGUAAUUUCUCUAGGGCUACAGAUUUAGCCUUCAGAAAUAAAGAGUUUGGUGCAUUACAACAUAUAUCUGGUGAUUUAGAUGAGAGAGCUGAUCCUGAACUAUUACAGCGCUGUGGUGAUUUCUUCUUAGAAAAUGGACAGUAUGACAAAGCUGUUGAUUUAUUAGCACUUGGUAAAAAGUAUUGGGAUGCAUUGAAAAUCUGUAUGGAGAAACAUGUAGAGAUGACAGAAGAACUGUGUGAGAAACUCAGUCCUGAGAAAGAUGAAAAUGAAAACAAUCCAGAUGAAAGGAAUAAGAUAUUAGAGGCUGUAGCAGAAGUCUGUAUGCAUCAAGGUGCUUAUCAUCUAGCAACUAAAAAAUUUACUCAAGCUGGUAACAGAAUUAAGGCUAUGAAAGCAUUAUUAAAAUCAGGAGAUACACAAAAGAUAGUGUUUUUUGCUGGAGUAUCAAGACAAAAGGAGAUUUAUAUCAUGGCAGCUAAUUAUCUACAGUCUUUAGAUUGGAGGAAAGAUCCUGAAAUUAUGAAGAAUAUCAUUGGAUUUUACAGCAAAGGAAGAGCAUUAGAUUCUCUUGCAGGAUUUUAUGAUGCUUGUGCUCAGGUUGAAAUAGAUGAAUAUCAAAACUAUGAUAAAGCUAUAGGUGCUCUAGGUGAAGCUUAUAAAUGUAUGAGUAAAGCCAAAUUACAAGAUGAAAGUCUACAAGAGGAAAGAUUAGGACAAAUCAAACAUAAGAUGAAUAUCAUUAAGAAAUUUGUUCAGGCUAGAAGACUUUAUGAUGAAGAUCCUGAAGAAGCUGUCAAAAUGUGUCAAGUGAUAAUAGGUGAAUCUGAUCGUGAAGGUUCUAUAAGAUUAGGUGAUGUCUAUAGUUUUAUGAUUGAACAUUAUGCUAGGAAAGAAAGAUGGAAGGCUGCUUACGCUGCUCUAGAGGAACUUAAAACCAAGCUACCAGUAGUGAAUCCAGCUUAUUAUGUGGAUAUAAAAUUAAUAGAAGCAAUACACAAAGCUUUAGACAUACCAUUGAGUCGAACUAUCAACACCGAGAAGCUGAAUGGGUUCCGAAGAUCGCCUGGUGAAGAUGAUGGUGAUUUUGUGGAAGAAGAAGUGGCAGAGGAAGUUAUUUGA